AUCACAAUGCAUCCAAAACCACUCACUGAGGUUGAUUAACAAUGGGAAGCAGUACGACCCUUUUGGUGUUAUUGUUCGUUCUUGGUAAUGGCGUGGCAGUAACAAUGGGGCGGUUCUUGAGAACAGAGGUGGAAGUCAUAGAAGAGGAUCUUGAUGAAGAGUUGUUCUUGGUGAAGGAAUCGAAGCUCGUGGCCAACACCAGCGCUGGGAAGAUGGUAGUGUUUUAUGAUAGGAGAGUUCCCGAGAGAUUGCAGAUUGCUACCACUACUAUGGAACCAAGGUCCCUUAUGAUUCAUCGCUUCCUUGCUGCCACUAAUGUCAUGUACGUGGUUUCAGGGGAAGCAAAUUUGGGAUACAUAGACCAAAACAACCAGAGGCUGACGCAAAUUCGUCUGAGGGAGGGAGAUGUAUACCAAAUUCCAGCUGGUUCUGCAUUCUAUAUAGCGAACGAGGAAAGUGAUCAAAAGCUUGAAAUUAUCAGCGGCAUUGAACCCUCUCAAGGCUUGGGAGAUGAUGUUUUCCAAUCUUUCUAUAUUGGAGGAAGAGCAAAUUCAGGACUUUCUGGAUUCAAGAAAGAAAUCCUUGAAGCUGCUUUUAACGUAUCACAAGAAGAGUUGGGAACAUUCUUCACCGGCCAAAAGAUGGGAGUGAUUGUGCCUUUGCAAGGUUCACAUGCCACAGGCAAAUGGAGCAAGUUCCUUGAGCUUAAGGAGGAAGAAAAACUGCAACAGCUACGGGAGAUGGUGCAGCAAGGACAAGAAAACGAAGAAGUGGAGAAGGAGGAUGAGGAAUCUGGUGAUGAUGAAGAAGAGCAGCAACAAACAAGUUUGCCAUGGAGGAUGCUCUUCAAAUCUGUAUUCGGAGAAGAAAUCAAGAACACGAGGGAGAAGAUUACUGAAGACCCCCCUCGCUCUUACAACCUUAAUAAGAGAAAACCAGAUUUUGAAAACAAAUAUGGUUGGAGGGUUGCUGUAGAUGGCUCUCAGUAUCAUCCACUCAAAAGUUCAGGCAUUGGCAUCUAUCAUGAGUAUCUCUCAGCUGGAUCAAUGAUGGCACCCCGUGUGAAUCCAAUGGCAACGGAAUAUGGCAUAGUGGUAAAUGGUUCAGGUAGGGUUCAAGUUCUGUUUCCAAACGGAAGCAAUGCAAUGGACACUAACAUCACAAAAGGUGAUGUGUUCUUCAUUCCAAGUAACUUUCCCUACUGCGAAAUAGCACACAAGGGUGAAUCACUAGAGCUCUUGGGGUUCACCACCUCGGCUCAGAGGAAUAGGCCAGUGGUUCUGGUGGGUGCCAGGUCGGUCGUAAGGACCAUGGAGGGACCCGAGCUUGCAACUUCGUUUGGGGUGAGUAAAGAGGAGAUUAAGCACUUGGUUAGUGCACAACACGAAUCUGUGAUUCUACCAACUCCGUGACCUGCACCUGCACAUGAGGAAGUGGAUGCAAUUCUAAAGCUUGUAAAGGAAUGAAGUGGUUAUAAUAGUUUGUAUUUGGUCCAACUUCCAAAGAAAUAAAACUUACGGAAAUGAUAUUUGAACAUAAA